AGGUUUGCUCAAUUCUCGUCAGUCUGCGGUGACGCACAACAAUCAUGGCGGACUAUAGAGAGGCGCCCUUGGCCACUCGGCCCAAAACACUGGAUCCUAACGAAUAUUUUAACCUUUCCCCGGAAUACCGACGGGCAGAAGAGAGUAGAGCCGCCCUACGGUCGAAUCUGAAGAGGCAAUAUCUGGUGCAGCUCAACAAUCCGCACCGGAAGGAGCUAAUUGAAGAUCCUGCUCUGACACGAUGGGUGCACGCUCGUGCUAACCCAUACCCCUACUUCAGACCCACCUUUAAGACCUCCCUGAUGGGCUUCAUGUUUGGAAUUUUCCCGCUCUUCGGCCUCUACUUUCUCUUCAAGACAGACAGGGACAGAAAGGAGAAGAGGAUUCAAGAGGGACAAGUGGAUCGCCGCUUCCAUCUAACCAAAUGAGGCCCACUGUAAAAAGCCCACCAUGUUAUUAUGAUGUAAUUAUUAACACAAUAAAGUUAUCUUGUCAAAACUGUUCAAUGAUUUGUAUGUUGUGGC